AUGUUGCUUCCAUCUCACGCCCUGCUUAGUCUUCUUCUGCCUCUCCUCGCUACGGCCCAUUCCUCUCCAAAGACCGUGGAGGAAAGGGAGGUUCAACGCGCACUGCAGCAGGCAGCGUACCACUGUGCCCCUGCUGUAGCCGAAUUUACUGCACACCGGAAGAGGGCAUGGGCACAGAAGGUCCUCGCUGGCAACCCCUCGCUUCCUGCGUACCAAGACCUGUUCGCCGACGGUACAUAUGAUGCGGAGCCUGGGCAGGAGCUCAUGUCUUGCACACCAGUCACCGAGGAAGCCAAGAUGGACAACAAUACUUGUGUUUUAACCCCAACGGUCACGGAAGGACCUUACUACCACAAGGUCGGCCAUCCGAUACGCCAGAACAUUGCCGAGUAUCAGAUUGGUGUACCUCUUCUGCUCGAUAUCGGUGUCAUCGACGUCGAGACAUGCAAGCCUCUUCCCAAUAUCCUCGUUGAUAUCUGGCACGCUAACGCUACGGGUCACUAUGCCGGGCACCCGGAGCCUACGUUUGAGCUACGCGAUGAAAAGCCGCAAGUCGGUGGGAAGCGGAGCGGAUUGCUGAGCGCGUUCCCUCGGACGAUGCCUGCCGAGACGUUCUUGCGUGGCGCUUGGCCGACGAAUGAAAAUGGUGUCGCCCAAUUUUCUACUAUAUUCCCUGGAUACUAUACAGGCCGCGCAACACAUAUCCAUACCAAGGUCUUCCCCAGCUGGACUCCCCUUCCAAAUGGCACAUUCGAGGCUGGCAAACUUGUCCACGUCGGACAAUUCUUUUUCGACGACGAGAUCAACUCACAAGUUGACAAGAUGCAUCCCUAUACGACGAAUCCCAUCAAAGACACCGUUGGCCGGACACGCAACUGGCGCGACUCCCUCAACAUCUUUGAGGAUUCCCAUGGUCCGGAGGGCGAAUAUAACCCGGUUUUCAGAUUGGAAAUGCUUGGCGGAGUUAUUAACCAGGGCUUUGCUGGAUUCAUUACGAUGGGUGUCAAUACCAGUGUUGAGAUUGACAACUGGUGGAAAGGCUAA